ACGGAGUACACGCGCUCUCACAGGACUCCCUGUGACUCACGCUCCCAGUCUCAAGCCAGCCGCCGCCCCAUCCCCACUCCGCGCCCUAGCCCCGGCGAGCAGCGGCGGCCGGCGUCGUGACCGUCGAAUCGACUGCCUCGAGGCACGGAUCCGCGGGCCGGGCAGGAGGCGAUGCCGCCAGGAGGUGGAGAAGGAGAAGGCGAGCAUGGCAGCACGGUGCAGAGCCAUCCACCGGCGACCGUCCGCGGCGACGAGGACGCCCCGCCCCAUUCUACGCCGCCGCUCCCCGUCAUUGUCCAUGUAGCUUCCGAGGAGAAGAAGCAGAAUCUGGAGCCCGUGCCGAACCUUCCCGAGGGCGCCCUCGUCGAGAUCCUUUCACGAGUGCCCUACAAGUCGCUCUGUCGCUUCAAGUGCGUGUCCAAGCCGUGGCUUGCUCUCUGCUCAGCCCCUGACAUCCGCAAGAGGUCGCCACAGACCCUCUCUGGCUUCUUCUACUACCAAGCCGGACGCCUUUGUUUCCGCAAUUUGUAUGGGAGAGGUCCGCCUCUGGUCGACCCAUCUCUCCCUUUCUUGCGCGAAAGCUACUGCCACAUUUUUGUCAAACACGUCUGCGGGGGCCUUCUCCUCUGCAUCUGCUCGAAUAAUCUGCGAGACGAGUCCUAUUAUGUUGUCUGCAAUCCUGCUACCGAAGAGUGGACUGUGCUGCCUCCUGUCGGAUUUCCAGGUCGCGAUCCGAUCGCUUUCCUAGGUUUUGACCCUGCUAUUCCAUCCCGUUUUGUGGUGUUUGCCCCCAAGAACCAGAUGGUUGGUACUAUGAACGAUUACAGACAAAGUGGCAAUCUACUCGACAGAAACUGGACGGUGGACUCAUGUGCAAAGUAAGUGGACAAAAGAUCCUCCCGUGAAUCAUGUUAUAUACACACAGGUCUUCCUGAGUGGCACUAUCCAUCUGCCUACCCUUGAUAAGAGAAUAGCCACAGUCGACGUGGAGGGGAAAGUUUGGAGGGAGAUUCAAAUGCCAAACACCUGUGAUGUUGGGCACUCUCAACGACGUAUCUGUGAUGUUGGGCACUCUCAACGACGUGUCUGUGAUGUUGGGCAGUCUCAAGGACGCUUGUAUGCCUGGUGGAUAGAUAAUUCUCGUGAUUGCCAACUCUAUAUUUGGGUCCUUGAGGAUUAUGAUACUGGAAAGUGGACCCUAAAGCACACUGUUAACGUUUUGGAGCUGUUUGGAAGGAAUUGCCGUAAAGAUGGAGAUUCCUAUGUGAUGUUUGCAAUUCAUCCGGAUUGCAACAACAUUUUUCUUACUGACAAGAAGAACAUGACAUUGUCGUAUGACAUGGAUAAUCAGAAAGUGCAUGUUAUCUGCACUGAAGGCAUGAAGGGUCUGCCUUAUACUCCCUGUUUUGCGGAAUUGCCCUCAGCUGGUCACUGAGAUCCUGUGCUACAUCACGUGCCUAGCAUGGGACGACACCUUUUGUGAAAAUUAAUGGUUGACAUGGACCUACUCUCUUGAUUUCGUGGCAUUGCGUGGAGAAGUCCCAACUCCUAUGUUAACAGUCUUGUGUUCAGGUGCAUGCCGUUGUUGCUUUGAACGAUUUUGUUAGCCAAGACUUUGUAAGGCCAAUGGUACUGUUUAGUUGUAAGAAUCCACCUACCUAUUUAAUCUAUUUGCUGUCAUGUAGCACUAAUUAUUCUGGCCACCCGUUAGCCCCUGAUGUGGGUAAUAUAAGAUAUUGAGACUACA